UCCUUACACAAGCAGCGCAAAAAAAACUCUGCAGCACAGCUGCACAUAGCGCUGUUCAUAGCAGGGCACAGCUUACAGCACUCUACGUGCCAGAAAGUCCAGCGCUGCGGCCAACCACACCACUCGGCAGCGAGUGCAGCGACAGCAACCCUACAGCCGCCGCCGGCGAGCGACCACGCUCUGCGCGCGCGCGACGGAACGCCGCCGCGGCGACACCUGAGCGAUGGGCGCGUCCCAGCCCAAGCCCGAGGCCGCGGAAGGCGAGGACGACUACCAGCAUAUUGAUACGGGCGACUCCCUAAAAGUGAAACAAAUACUAGACGAAGCCACGGUCAAGGCUGUGCUCGCCAAGGGCUACGACGAAGUGCACUUCAUCGAUAAUCUGAAGAUUUCAUUGAUGAUCAUCGCGUGUUUAUUUGCUUGUGCCGCGCAGUUCAACCCGAUCCCGUUCCCGAAGGUCCGGCCGAUACUAGGCGUGUGCUGCGGCGGCUAUUUCGUGUUUAGCGGCAUCCACCAGUUGGUCGUGAAAUACGUCGAGAGGGACAUCGUGCUCAUCACGAAGCCCAAAAACGCGGAACAUGGACUGAGGGUGCGGACUGAUUUCCCGAAGUUCCAGGACCUGUUCACGAUCAUUGUGGAGUACGACACGCCGGACGCCCCACCUUACGAGGAGAAGCACUGCGUCGGCAAGUUCUUCGACACCGGGGGCUACUUCUGGGAGGCGGGCUUCGCCGACACCGUCCAGAAGAUGGUCGCCAAGUUCGAAUCGAAAAAGAAGCAGUAAUAGUGGUAUAUCUU